UAAUUAAACUUAACCAACAAGUUACUCCAUUAUCUUAGUACAACGAUUUAUAAAGUUAUCUAAUCUCUUUGAGUUGUCCAAUUUAAAUUAUUCAUGAUGUUGUCUCGAUUAUUACGACCAGUUGGUCGCAUAACACAAAAGAGUGUCCGUACGUACCAUCAAGAGACAAAGCCAUUCAAGUAUGCAAAUAUGGAUGAAUUACCUGUACCAUCGGGAUCAUGGCAAGAACUUUAUGAUCAAAAUCAACGGAGAUAUAAUUUAACACUCGCUGCUGGAAUUGUUAUAUUUAUUACUACAUUCACAAUUGCUAAAACGAGUGGCGCGCUUUACCUUAAUGCAGGACCUCCGGCUGGAGUAGAUUACCCCAAAAAUGAUUACAGUGGAUCAGAUUCUUAAGUAUACAAAAGUUUCCUAGUAUUUAAAAGUGUAAAAAAUAAACCAUUUACUUAUUAUCUUAUGUAUUUGAAUUAUAAUAACUAUACUGUCAUUGGUGAUAAAUAAAUUGAAGGUAAGAGCAAUCACUGAUUGUGAUUCACUAUAAUGAAAAAGCCAUAACCUAA